AGUGCCACCUAGUUCAUUCCACUCCUCGUCACCUUUCCCAAUAAAUCCAUCCUCAUUCCCCAUUCAGCUACCAUAUCUCUCUCUCUCCUCUAUCUCUCUCUCUCUCUCUCUCUCUCUCUCUCUAGCAAUGUCGAAGAUAGCUAUGCUCCGGCCAUUCCCAAUUCUGAUAUUCUUGUUUUGCUUUCUUGUUAUCACUUUGAAUGCAACAGCUUUGGAUGAUGAGGAUGUCCCAUUUAUGGGACCUCUGGUGAAGAAACAGCAUAGGAGGUCACUUGUUUCAACGGAGUAUGGAGAGAUCUCAGCCGUCGAAAUCAGUGAUGGAGUAAGAGGGUCCUACCAUCUUCAGUUCAUCACAUUGGAGCCAAACGCCCUAUUUCUUCCUGUAAUUCUCCAUGCAGACAUGGUGUUCUAUGUCCACUCAGGGAGUGGGAGAUUGAGUUGGGCAGCUGAGGAUGAAAUGAGACGCGUCAGAUUACGCCAAGGAGAUGUCUACAGACUCACUCCUGGCACUGUCUUCUUUGUACAAAGCAACUUAGAACCAGAGAGGCAAAAGCUUAGAAUUAAUGCCCUCUUUGCUAAUUCUGAUGAUGACUUGCAUCAACCAUCAGUUGGGGCAUACUCGAGCGUCCGCGAUCUGGUCCUAGGGUUUGAUAGGAGAGUCCUCCAAGCAUCCUUCAAGGUCCCUGAGGAACUGAUACGAGAAAUAACACAAGGCACAAAGCAACCGGCAAUUGUGCACGGGGUGCCAAAGAAAGCAAGAACAUUCUGGGAGUGGGAAGCUCAGCUCAUGAAAGGUAUCAUAGGAAGCAAAGGGUACAGCAUGUUCGAUAUCAACAACAAAAAGGAGAAAACCAGAACAUUCAACAUUCUGAGUGCAGAUCCAGAUUUUAAGAAUUGUAACGGAUGGAGCCUCAUAGUAACCAAGAAAGACUUGAACGCGCUAAGGGGUUCCAAUAUUGGCGUUUUCAUGGUGAACUUGACCAAGGGAUCGAUGAUGGGGCCACACUGGAACCCAACGGCUACAGAGAUAACGACAGUAGUAAAAGGGCAAGGAAUGAUUCGGGUGGUCUGUCCUAGCACUGCGAAAGAAUCGGAGUGCAAAAACAUGAGGUUUAGGGUCGAGGAAGGUGACGUAUUUGUCGUGCCAAGAUUUCAUCCUAUGGCUCAAAUGUCCUUUAACAAUGACUCGCUUGUUUUGGUGGGAUUCAGCACCACAACAAAGAAAAACCAUCCUCAGUUCCUUGCAGGGAAAAGCUCUGUGCUCCAAACUCUUGACAAGCAAAUCCUAGCUGUGUCCUUCAAUGUUCCCAAUACAACCAUUGAACAGCUUUUAGCUCCACAGGGUGAAUCAAUCAUACUAGAUUGCACAUCUUGCGCCGAGGAAGAAGAAAAAGCAAUGGAGGAAGAAAUUGAGAAGGAAAGAGAGGAAGAGGAGGCAAGGAGGAGGGAGGAAGAAAAGAGGAGAGAAGAAGAAGAAGAAGCCAGGAAGAGGGAGGAGGAGGAAGCUAGAAAGAGGGAGGAAGAAAAGAGAAGACGAGAGGAGGAAGAGGAGGCCAGGAGGAGGGAAGAAGAGGAAGCUAAAAAAAGAGAGGAAGAAAAGAGAAGACAGGAGGAGGAAGAGGCCAGAAGGAGGGAAGAGGAGGAAGCUAAAGAGAGAGAGGAAGAGGAAGCUAAAGAGAGAGAGGAAGAAGAAGCCAGGAGGAGGGAGGAGGAAGCUAGAAAGAGAGAGGAGGAGGAAGCCAGUAGAAGAGAGGAAGAGGAAGCUAGGAGGGAAGAGGAGGAAAGAGAGGAAGAGGAAGCUAAGAGAAGGCAAGAGGAGGCGGCAAGGAGAGAAGAGGAGGAAGCUAGGAGGAGAGAGGAAGAGGAAGCCAGGAGAAGAGAGGAGGAGGAAGCUAGGAGGGAAGAGGAAGAGGAAGAGGAAGCAAGGAGAAGAGAGGAGGAGGAAGCUAGGAGGGAAGAGGAGGAAAUAGAGAAAGAAGCCAGGAGGAAGGAAGAGAAAGCUAAGACGCUCCAAGAGGAGGCGGCUACAAGGAGAGAGGAAGAGGAAGCCCAGGCAAGGGAACAGGAGGAGGAAGCUAGAAUCAGAGAGGAAGAGAAGGCUAGGAAGAGAGAGGCACAAAGAGAGCAGGAGAGAGAGUGGAGAAGACAAGAAGCAGCACAGAGGGAGGAACAAGAGGCUAGGCAACGAGAAGAAGAACAGAGACAAGCAGCUGAAGAGGCCAGAAAAAGAAAACAAGAGAGGGAAGAGGAAGCUAGGGAGAGAGAAGAACGGGGGAGGGGUGAAGGACCUGGGGAAGAGGGUAGGAGAGUUCUGAAGAAAAUAUGGAAGGUCUGAUAGUCUUUCGUGUGAAUCCAAUUACUCAGCUGGUGGUGUUUGCUUAUGCAUAUAGAUCAAUAAAAACUUUCAGGGAGUUAUGUAUUUAGGUUCAAUGUUUAUUUGUGUAAUAAGUAGUUUUGAGAUCCGAGUUUCUGACUACAUUGGUCUAUGUAGAGUUACUGGUUCUUUGCCACGGUGAACUGUCUUCCGAUCUUCAUUUUUGACCAAAUCUCUAGAAACCAAAAUCACUGCUUUCAGGACAUUGGCCUCUGCUUUUAGAAGAUUAAAUUGCUCAUUUGAGAUGUUAAUGUACCAAGUGGUCCUAGGAGUUUUGUCGAGUUCACGUUCGAUCGGCUUCCAAUCUUUCAAUUAAAUGUGCAUGAUUUCCAAACUUUCAUCUCGGCAUAUGCUUUAGAGAGCUCUGAACCCUGAAAUUUUCACUAGUUCUCUAUAA